CACCACCACCUCCCACUUACACCCUCACUACCUCCUCAAUCUCCUACUCCAAACAAACCUCCGCCGCCGCUGCCACAUCAUUCCUCUCCUUCCUCAACCCUUCUUCCACCACAACCACCACCACCAUCAUACUCAACCAAGUCACCUUCACUGCCUACCCGGCUGAGAUCCUCGCCGUCGUCGGACAAAUUCCUUCUAGUGUCUGCCGGCGAUUCGCUUCCCUCGCCGUCCGGACAUCCCCCACCGCCGGCUCCUUCCUCCUCAACUCCACCCCAUAAUCAACUCCUCCUCCUUCCGCAAGCUCUCCGCUUACCUCCCUCAACAUGA